AUGGUGCCAGAAAAGCCCGAAACCCAAGAAAAGCCCGAAACCCAAGUCCUCCCUAACAGCGAGACAAUUAACGAAGACCAGUCGUGCACGGCUUUCAGCGACGAUAAACACCCCUGCCAAAAUGGAUUAAGAUUGAUGUCAAUAUGUGUUGGCUUGUGCCUCGCCGUCUUUCUGGUAGCGCUGGAUAAUACAAUUAUCGCGACUGCGAUCCCAAAGAUCACUGAUGAAUUUGGCGCGUUGGACGCAGUCGGCUGGUACGCCUCGGCGUACCUUCUGACUACGUGCGCGUUUCAAUUGAUGUUUGGGACGUUUUACAAAAUCUUCCCAGUAAAACAGGUCUUUCUAGUCGCCAUUGCUCUUUUUGAGAUCGGGUCUGCCGUAUGUGGUGCUGCACCCAACUCCACUGCCUUCAUUAUAGGACGUGCAAUUGCAGGUCUCGGUUCUGCUGGGGUUUUCUCGGGGUCGCUUAUUAUCAUUACGCUGAGCGUAUCACUGGACAAGCGACCGACAUACAAUGCGCUUUUGCUGUCGAUGUUUGGCAUUGCCUCGGUCGUUGGGCCUUUGCUGGGAGGGGCAUUCACUGAUCACGUCACCUGGCGGUGGUGCUUCUAUAUCAACCUUCCGAUCGGUGCCGUGACAGUCCUCAUUAUUCUUUUUAUUCUAAAGUUGGACGAAAACCCAACACAGUCGCAAGAAACCUGGCGCACGAUUCUCUCGAAACUCGACCCGAUUGGAACAUGCGCGUUUAUUCCUGGGGUUGUCUGUCUACUGCUCGCACUGCAAUGGGGCCGGUCAAAGUACAACUGGUCCGAUGGCCGGAUCAUUGCUCUGCUUGUGAUCUUCGGUGUCUUGAUGAUCAUAUUCUGCGUCGUGCAAGUUUGGAAAGGAGAGGCAGCGACUCUCCCGCCACGGAUCUUCAAGAACAGAAGCAUGGUAUUUGGGCCUAUGUUUACAUUCCUUCUGGGGGGAUCCUUCUUCAUUAUGGUUUUUUUCAUUCCAAUCUGGUUUCAGGCGAUCAAGGGAGUGUCCGCCAUGAAAUCAGGCAUUAUUCGUGCUUUCGCUGCUAACUGGUAUCGUGAUUACCAUUUGGGGACACUACGUGCCCCUCUUUUUGUCUCAGCCAUUUUCUGUGCUGUUGGCGCGGGUUUACUGACAACGUUGCAAGUUCACUCCGGAGCAAACGAGUGGAUUGGCUACCAGGUCAUUUACGGCGUUGGCAUCGGGGCUGGAUUCCAACUUGCAGUCAUCGCAUGCCAAGUCGUGCUGGAUGAAGCUGAUCUGCCUCUGGGGAUAGCUUUCAUUGUUUUCUUUCAAUCCUUUGGGGGCGCUAUUUUUACUUCUGUCGGUGAGAGUAUCUUUCUCAAUGGUCUCGUGAGUGGACUUCAUGAAAUCGCUCCCACCAUUGACGCUUCUCUGCUCUUGAGCUCGGGAGUGACCAAUAUUACUCGUAGUGUUCCUCCGGCUUUGCUAGCUCGUGUGCAAGAAACCUAUAACUCGGUCUUGGCUCACGUGUGGUAUGUGUCGGUUGCACUGUCGGCGCUAUCAAUUAUUGCGGCCUUAGGUAUAGAGUGGCGGCGAAUUAAGCCUGGUACAGGCUUUGGCGCUAUGCACACCUGA